AUGGAGGUUGAAUAUCGUACUCAUUUAACAGCUGUUUUAGAUGUGACGUGUUUUCUAUUGAGGCAAGGUUUGCCUUUCUGUGGACAUGAUGAGUCCUUGAGCUCCUUGAACAAGGGUAAUUUCCAUGAGCUACUCGAGUGGUAUAGCCUGCGGAAUGAUAAGGUUUUUAGGGUGGUUAAUCAAAAUGAUCCAGCAAAUAAUCAAAUGACUUCGUCGAAAAUUCAGAAGGAGUUAGCAAAUGCUUGUGCAACAAAGAUUACAUGUGCUAUUGUUGAUGAUAUAGGAGAUAAGUAUUUUUCUCUUAUGAUUGAUGAAACCCAGGAUGUGUCAGUGAAGGAGCAAAUGGGAGUUGUUUUGCGCUAUGUGAGUAAGAAUGGGUAUGUGAUAGAGAGCUUUCUUGCUAUGGUUCAUGUGCCAGAUACAUCAGUUAUUUCACUGAAGAAUGCUAUUGAUUGUUUAUUUGCUAAACAUAGGUUAUCUCUUUCAAGGCUGAGGGGACAAGGAUAUGAUGGGGCUUCAAAUAUGCGAGGAGAAUUCAACGGUUUGAAGGCACUUGUCCUAAAAGAAAAUCCAUACGCAAGGUAUAUCCAUUGUUUUGCUCAUCAGCUCCAAUUAGUGAUUGUUGAUGUUGCUAAAGACAAUCGAAUUGUGAGUGAUUUUUUCCAAUAUGUUACUAUGAUUGUUAACGCGGCGGGGGCACUUGCAAAAGGAAAGAACAACUUCGGCAACAUCACCAUGACAGGAAACACUAUCCCGGUGCCUAAUAUGGAGGAUCAUAUGCGAAUCCGUGGUCGUUCUAGACGGGAAGGGCAAGUCAUUACUCAUUUUCACCAUUACCGCAUUGAAAUUUUCUGCGAGGUCAUUGAUUUGAUUGCACAAGAAAUGCAAAACCGCUUCCCAGAAACUAGCACAGAGUUACUUCUUCUUCUGUCAUGCCUUGAUCCAAGGGACUCAUUCUCCAAAUUCAACAUCCAUAAGCUACUACGUCUUGCAGAACUUUAUCCCGAAGAUUUCACAAUGACUGAACGCAUGAUGCUUGAGGAUCAACUUGCUACUUUUAUUUAUGAUGUGCGGCAUGAUCCAGAUUUUAUAAAUGUUGGAGAGUUAGGAGGUUUUGCUAGGAAGAUGGUUGAGACAGGCAAACAUAUUAUUUUUCCACUAAUUUAUCUCCUUAUCGAGUUGGCAUUGGUUUUACCAAUUGUGACAGCUAGUGUUGAGAGGGUGUUUUCGGCGAUGAAUAUUGUGAAAACUGACUUAUGUAAUAAAAUGGGAGACGAGUGGAUGAAUGAUAGCUUGGUUGUCUAUAUUGAGCGGGAGGUUUUUGCAACUAUAGACAAUGAAGCGAUUUUACAACGUUUUCAGAAAAUGCAAACUCGGCGGAUGCAGUUACCUCCUCUUAGUCUGACUCACAUGCCUCACAUUUCUAGCACUAACGCUGGCAUCGGUUCUAGUUCAAGCAUGCAUAAAUAG